CCACUUACAUACUUACGCCCGUCCACUCUUCUUCGCAUAAGCAGCAGCCCGAGCGCGUGCGGACAUGAAUGGCAUGGGCGCGUGCGCGUGCUCGUAUGCAUGAUGUAGGCAUGUAUGUACAUACACACACACAUACAUACGUACAUACAUAUGUCUAACGCGCCUAUGUACUGUACAUCCAUCCGAAUCCAUGCAUGUGCGCAUGCAGUCGCGGCGCAGACACCUCUUGCCAACAACGACAACGACAACCGCAACAACGGCGAUAGAUACGUCGAUACAGUACGUAUAUGCAAGCCGACAACCAAGGGCCUGUCAAACACAACGACGACGACAACAGCAUCAACCACAAAACAGUCAAAACACAAUCAACGCACAAUCACACACAACCAACCAAAGCAGCACCCCAAAAAGCACUUGCGCGCAAAAAAUCUCUCUCUCUCUGUCAGGCCGCUGAGUAAAGAAAAAGCCGUAACCGCAUCAAAAAACCUACACCCGCUAUAUGCGCCGACGCCGCCGCAUUGUGCGCAAACCCCCACCCCCAUGCCUGUCCCCGACCACACAUGCAGAUGCAUGCAUGAUGAGCAACAGCAGGAACAGCAGAAGCAGAAGCAGAAGUAAAAGCAUCAAACACUGUCCACCGACGGAAUGUGACGCCAAACUCAAAAAAACACCGGCAACAUGAUAGGCGCAGGUGAAUCAUGAAAAACGUGAAGAAG